CUCACCUCCCUUUCUAGCAUCUAAAGGAAAAGGCCAUGGUCAACCAGAGUUCCCCAGUGGGCUUUCUCCUUCUGGGCUUCUCUGAACACCUAGGACUUGAAAAGAUUCUCUUCGUGGUUGUCUUGACUUCCUACCUCCUGACUCUGGUGGGCAACACAUUCAUCAUCCUGCUGUCUGUGCUGGACCCCAGACUCCACUCUCCAAUGUACUUUUUUCUCUCUAACCUCUCCUUCUUGGACCUCUGCUUCACCACAAGUUGUGUUCCCCAGAUGCUGUUCAACCUUUGGGGCCCAAAGAAGACCAUCAGCUUCCUUGGCUGCUUUGUCCAGCUUUUCAUCUUCCUGUCCCUGGGGACCACUGAAUGCAUCCUCCUGACAGUGAUGGCUUUUGACCACUAUGUGGCUGUCUGCCAGCCACUCCAUUAUUGCACCAUCAUCCACCCCCGCCUAUGCUGGCAGCUUGUGACUGUGGCCUGGGUCAUUGGGCUGGUGGAGUCGGUGGUCCAGACACCAUCCACCCUCCACCUGCCCUUCUGCCCCCACCGGCAGGUGGAUGAUUUUGUGUGUGAGGUCCCAGCCCUAAUUCGACUCUCCUGUGGGGACACCACCUACAAUGAGAUCCAGAUGGCUAUUGCCAGUGUCUUCAUCUUGGUCAUGCCCCUCACUCUCAUCCUUGUCUCUUGUGCUAUCACCCGGGCAGUGAUGAGGAUUAAUUCUGCAAAGAGGAGGAAGAAGGCUUUUGGAACCUGCUCCUCCCAUCUCAUUGUGGUCACCCUCUUCUACAGCUCAGUUAUUACUGUCUACCUCCAACCCAAAAAUCCCUAUGCUCAAGAGAGGGGCAAGUUCUUUGGUCUCUUCUAUGCAGUGGGCACUCCUUCCCUUAAUCCUUUCAUAUACACCCUGAGGAACAAAGAGGUAAAGAGAGCACUCAUGAGGUUACUGGGGAAGGAUGUGGACCCCAGACAAAGAUGAGGGUUAGCUGUUUAAUGGGCUUCAAGAUUGAGAUAUUCUUCAUGCUUUUGUCAGUAAGCUCGAGUUCUCCACCCUACU